AGGUCGGACCGGACAUGGCGAGCCGGAGAGUGGGCUUCUGUCUGAGCGUGAAGAAACGGCGGAGGAUGAACCUGGGCGCGUUCGCUCACCUGUGCGCGAACAUGGAGCUGAAUCCCAAUUAGCAUUUUCGGACAUCUAGUGGACUAAAAAGGAGGCAGAGGUAUUGAGGUGGUUGAGAUAGACCUGAGUCAGCCGAUGGAGUCUCAGGGCCCGUUCGACAUCAUCAUACACAAACUCUCCGAUGUGAUUGUAGAGGCGGAGCAUGACAGCCAAUCACAAGAGCUUCUAGACAACUUCCAGACUUAUGUGUCUAAACACCCUAGCACUGUCCUGCUGGAUCCACUGCCAGCCAUGAAACAGUUACUGGACCGCUUUGCCUCAUACAGAAUCAUCAGCAAACUACAGAACACACUGAGAGGAAAGAGUAUCUGCUGCCCACCGUAUCUUGAAAUUAACACCACUGACAUGUUGGCCAUCCAGGAAGCAGUGGACAGGAAGCAGCUCACUUACCCCUUAAUCUGUAAAACCAGGGUGGCUCAUGGAUCCCGCUCACAUGAGAUGUCUCUAAUCUUCAGUCAGGCCGGUCUGAGAGACGCUCGUCCUCCCUGCGUGCUUCAGAGUUUUGUGAAUCAUGGUGCCGUGCUGCACAAAGUGUUUGUCGUGGGUGAGCAACACUUCACUGUGGAGCGGCCAUCGCUCAAGAACUUCCCCACUGGACCCUAUGACAGGAAAACCAUCUUCUUUAACAGCCACGAGGUAUCUAAACCCGAGUCCUGCUCUCAUCUUACUGCACUGGAUGAGACCAUGCCUCGAGUCCCUGCUCCGAGUGAUGACGCGAUGGUUGCCAUGGUGAAGGAGCUGAGAGCGGAGCUUGGAAUGGCUUUGUUCGGAGUGGACGUCAUUAUGAACAUAGACACGCACACACUCACCAUCAUCGACAUUAACAUAUUCCCUGGCUAUGAGGGUGUUCCUCAGUUCUUCUCCUCGCUCCUCAGUCACAUCGAAAACCUGCUGGACACAUCACACGAUACCAAACAUCGAUCUUCUUAAACUACCGCUAAUCCAUGAUGCCCAUUUGUUAGCUAGCAUGUUAUCAUGCCACCUGGAAGUGUUGGUAGUUCGUUGCUAAUGCUGUAAUGAAUACGUUUCUAUGGGAAAUUUUGGAAUAGUUUACUCCGCAAACUGAACACAAGCUACAGCUACAGGUUCACACAAAACAGUAUGUUUACGUGUACCGUAUGGGGGCGUGUGGAAACCUAUUUCUAUCAAAUUUAAGGAGGAAUCCACCUGUCACGAAAACAAGAACAUUAAUGUCCAUACAUCCAUGAUGACAAGAAGAUCAGGUGAAGAUUCCCUUCAGAGUCCUCUCCCUGAUCGCCAAGAUUUUUCAAGAGAAAUUUAAAGAGCGAUGUCGGUAUGUAAUCAGGAUAUUUCCCUCCUUGCCAGUAGAGGUCACACUCACUAGAAUAACAGCACAAGCUCUGUUCCAGGUUUUAAAGUAUGUAAAACUUGAAUUGUUGUAAAGACUUACAUUAAAGCUGUUUGUGCUUGUUGUCAUGGUUACACUGGUAUAAUUAAGUUAUGUUGGUGUGAUGCUGCCAAUCCAAACAAUCAGAUUCUGACUAAGUUUUGGUGAUACAAAAGGAAGAGUCUGAAACACUGCUGUCUCCAUGGAGGUUUAUUUUAUUAUUAUUAUUUAUCGGAGAGUUUAUUGCACACUGAAUCCAUCGUCUCACAAUGGAUAAAAUCAACAUGG